AUGAGCUUGAUCAUUCUUAGUUCAUUUGAGAUGUCUAGCUAUGAGUGUUUCUUUGCACUUGCUGGUUUGGAAGGAAAAUGGUGGAUGUUUGGAUCCCAUUCUCCAGUCAUAGGAUUUUCCCCUUCUUCUAGUGUGGAAUUUGUUCCUAUUUUCCCACAUGUAUACACAUCGACUGUUCCACCUCAUGCUGGGAAAAGUUGGAUAGAUAAGAGGCUACCAAACUGCAAGAUAUAUUUAAAUAAUGCAUUUGCUCUGGAUUCAGCAUGGAUACAUCCUGAGGAAUCAAGAAUCUUCCAGGGACAUGAGAAACCUCUUUUGAUGACAAAUCAAGUAGCUAUGGCUAUAUCUAGGCCAGCUACUGCCUCAAGGCCUCUUCCCACAGUGGUGUUAACACCUCAGCCUAUACCAGGUGGUUGCCAGAAUAGCCUUAAACAAGUUGGCAGUAAUCAGACAAUUGCAUUAGCUGCUGCAGCAGCAGCAGCUAUGGUGUCAGUAGAUUCAGAGGCACCUCAGGGACCAUCACCGACCAGCAUUCAACCUUGUCACGUGCUGACUGUUUCGCCCAUCAAGAUACCAGUUUUGACUUCACCUUUUCCAGGUGCUGCUUCUAGAAUGGAUGCCCAUAUGACUCCUUUGAUGCCAACUCAAGUCACCAGGGUAACUGCUGUAUCUACACCAGCUGUGACUUUCAUGGCAACCAAUUUGGUGGAUCAGACAUUAACAGAUAAUGGCAAAGAAUCAAAGAGAGCUUCCUGUCCACAGACCUUGAUUUUACACAGUCACAAGAAAACUAAGCCUACAGAGAAUGAUGACAAUAAGGAUCAUUCUUUAAAACUAGUAAAUGAAGAUGACAGAACAUCCAAUGGCAACAAGCCUGUGGCAUCUACUCCUGUUCCAGGAUCACCAUGGUGUGUAGUCUGGACUGGAGAUGACCGAGUCUUCUUCUUCAACCCUACAAUGCAGCUGUCAGUAUGGGAGAAACCAGUGGAUCUAAAGAAUCGCGGCGAUAUUAAUAGAAUUAUUGAAGAUCCACCUCAUAAACGCAAACUGGAAACUUCAGCAACAGAUAAGAGUGAUAGUUCUUGUCCAGAGGAUGUAAAUGAUGAGCACAGCACCAAAAUCAAGAGAAAUAAAACAGAAGAUUCCCAGAAUGCUGACCAGGAGAAGGUUGAAGUCGAAGAGAAAAAUGUGAAAACAUCAGCACAUCAGAUUGUGCUUCCUUUAGAGGAGCGCAUUACCCAUUUCCGAGAUAUGCUUCUGGAGAGAGGGGUCUCAGCAUUUUCUACUUGGGAAAAAGAGUUACACAAAAUAGUAUUUGACCCACGCUACCUUCUACUGAACUCUGAAGAACGUAAACAGAUAUUUGAGCAGUUUGUCAAGACAAGGAUGAAAGAAGAGUACAAAGAAAGGAAAAAUAAAUUAUUGCUAGCCAAAGAAGAAUUUAAAAAACUUCUAGAGGAGUCCAAAUUAUCACCGAGAACAACAUUUAAAGAAUUUGCAGAGAAACAUGGCAGAGAUCAGCGGUUUCGACUUGUUCAGAAAAAGAAAGACCAAGAGCAUUUUUUCAACCAGUUCAUACUUAUUCUUAAAAAGAGAGACAAAGAAAACAGAAUAAGGCUCCGGAAAAUGAGAUAAAAAUUCUGGAAAUCUGCAAUAAGCACACAAGUCAAUACUGUGACUGGUGGAGAAAAUAAAAGGAAGAAGCAUUUUUUGUCUUUUUUUGGUUAAAGGUCCAACAACGUAAAGAAGAACCAGAUAUCCUGGAGAAAAACAUUUUCAUAUUGAAGUUCAGUGAACACAAGUUAAAUGUAUUAAGGUUGCUCUGCAGAAAUCUGUAGGAUAUUUAGUUCUCAAAGAAUUAAUGUUUCAUAUUGAAGCUCUCUUUUGUAUAACAUUCAGAGUUUGAUGCAUUUCUAAUUGCCAUGAUAUGUCAAUCCCUUAAUUGUUUUAAUUAUGCAAAUCACUUGUAAUAUACACAAAUUAUAAAUCCAAUGAAGAUUUGUAAUUAAGCAGAAACAGAUGUCAUCCAUAACAAUCUCAAGAUAUUGUCAUCAUUUAAGGGAAUUAUCUAAAGCAAAUUUUUGGCAACUUUAUGCAUUAACAUACAUUGUUUAGAAAUACAGUGGUAUUAAGGAAUUCAUUACUCUAUGUUCAUAUGUCUAUGUCUAGUUUUCUGAGUAAAAGUAACACAGUAUUAAUUGUUGAUCAUAGUGCAAAAGUGUGAAAUUAUUGAUAUAUGUUCCACAGAAAAACUUCUAAAUUUAAAAAAUGGCUUUCUAAUUACUGUGACUGGUGCUUUCAGACACAGAGAUAAGAGCAACAUUUCUCAUAAAAGUUACUAUAAAAAUUAUUUUGUAAAACCAUAUUAAUAUUUGAGUUAUUUUUAUUGUAUGCAAGUUUGCAUGAUAUUUUUUCUCAUCCUAUUUGUAUACACAAAUAUUCUAACUUUUUUUAAUUAAUAAAUAUUUUAAGCCAAUUAACUUUCAGCUUUUAGUUUCUAACAUUUGGAAAAUUUAAACAGAAUGACACAAUUCUGACAGAAUUUAUUUUAAACUAAUACAUAUUUGAGGAAUUUAUAUAUAAACUUCCAACACUAUCAACAGGAGAUACAAGCAUGUCGAAGACAAAAAAAGACCUUGUGAUAACGAAAAUCACAUAAAUCAGAUAGCAUAUAUCAGCAGAACUCCAAAUUUCCAUUUUAUGCUGGCUUUAUGCAUUCUUUACAAACAUUGUGAGUUAAAAUAUACCAAAUCUAAUUGGAUUACUUUUUAUUAUGACCGGAUGCUUUGUAGGUUUCCUUUUUUUUCCUACUAGUAGUUUGGAAUUUUCUCCAAGUAAUGGUAAGUUUUCUUUAGGUCUGUGCCACGUUUCUUAAACAAUAAAAAUAAAACAUUAAAGUGUAAAUAAUAGCCCCAAAGAAAUUUGAAUAGACAUUUAAAAUGAAACCUGAACUUUUUAAUAUAUGUGGAACUUCAGUGAGCUAAGUUUUUAACCAAUGUGUUAAUCACUUGCUAUUCUGGGUUUUUAUUUCUUUGGGGUAUAUAUAUUUUAUCCUUAUUUGUUCUUUUAACUUUCCUUAAGUUUGGUUUUGGGAAUGUAUCUAAUAAAUCGUAUGCAACUGAGCAGCAUGCAACAAGUGGAAGAUUUAAUCUUGCUGCCAUUGAAUAGCAAAAUCCUCAUUUAUUCCCAUAAGAGGAGGAUCUUGCUGAAAAUUCCUACAGGUAUUGAACACCAUCACUUCAGAUCUUCAAGAAAGUGAGGAUUUAAUACUUUCAGAACAGAGCUGGAGUCCAGGACAACAGGCGAUGAUCCUUACUUUGUGAUUUAUCACAGAUAGACCAACUGUAUAAAAAUGAUCUAUGUAACUAUAUAUGUACCCUGGGGCUUUAUAACAACCCAUUCUGCUCUAGCUUUGCUUUGAUAGGCAUCCUGAUGUCAUCCAAAAACCCUGAUGUGCAUUUAACUGUGUGUUGCUCAGAGUUACAUGUGAAGUAUCUUGCCUAGAGAGCUGAAGUUCACUUGUAAAUAUUGUGUGACUGUACAGUACCAACCACUAGAAGUGCACACGUCUUAUAGGUUCUUAUAGGUUGUGAGGUUUCCCACUGAAACUAAAGGGAAAUGCAUGGAAAUAAUGAGGCCUCAUUUACUGAGAGAGAGACUACCCUACUUCCAGUGAUUUGCACUUGUGUUGCCUUAUGUUUAAAAUGUAUGUGCAUAUCUAUAUCCUAUGUUGCCCUCACCUUUCCAAUAUAAAUAAAAUGAUUUCUUGAUUUUUUUUAAGAAUACUUUUAAUUUAAACAUUUUUCGGCUUUCUUGGAAACACUUAAUACCACCCCACUGUGCUAGUUGGUGAUGAUAAGAAUUAGAAUCAAUCUCAUUCUCUUGGGGAAGUGGAAUGAAAAGCAAAAAUUAAGAACUGUAAAUUACAAGUAUUUUCAUUGCUGUGGUACUUUUGUACAAAUAAGCGCCGGAGGUCAGUUUUUUCUCUGUUCUGGCAUUCUUCGUCUGGUGAAACACUUUUAAAAUUGAUGUAGUUCUAGAUUUACAAUGUUGUAU